AUGAACGAAAUUUCUGCUAUUAUUGCUACUACAAGUACAAUAGAUACCGAUACCGGUAGUUUAGUAACGUUAACGCCCGUAGUAUGUAAAUAUUGUCAACAACCAGAAAACAAACAAUACAAGCCAUGCUUAAUUUGCGAGAAAUGCAAAUGUGCAGUGCAUUUAAUUUGUUUACGACGUCCUGGCACACCUGGGGAUAUAGACGGAGAUGUUUUCUUUGACUUCACAUGCCUAGAAUGUUCACCCACUAAAGAAGAGUUGUUUGAACGCAACAAAUUUCCUUGGGUCCAUGUACUGUUGUUAACAUUAAAUCACCUGAGCGAGCACAUGCAGGGUAUAAGCAACAGCGGAUACUUCCAUUACAAGACACACAUCUGUUCAUUUGUAGACAGAAACUGGACCCUGUUGUUUGGGACUCGCAAUCGCAAGAAGAAUUGGAUAGGAACAAUAUCCGGAGCAUUAUCGGUGUAUAGUAAUACAUUCUUCCGAUCAGGCUCCAUUGCCCUCGGAGAGUCAGGAUGGUGGAAACUAAUGCAUGGCUUUUCCCCAGCGGUUGCUGCACAUAUAUUACAAGAAAUGAAUAAAGAAAAAACAAAAGGCCAGCCUCGCAAUCAAUUCACACUUGACUCGGUGUUGUUUAUUAGUAAAAUAAAAUUAAUGGGUUAUGGUGUCUAUCUAAAUGUAGAAGAAAAUCCAAAUAAGAGAAGGAAGUUGGAUUCAGAUGCUUCGGAGAGUUCUGAGAUGAAGACUUAUGAGGUUGAAGAAAGAAAUGAGUAUUAUGAGGAACCCGAGUCUCUAACAUGUGUGACGGCCAAGGACAACUCAGAUUCAUUUUGGGAGUUUGACUUCACACCCGCCAGCCGCGUUCAGAGUCGCGUGUCCUCGAGUAGACCAUCGGUGUAUUACGAUUCGGACACCAACUCUCACUCUGACGGUGACAAGUCACAACACACUAAGAAGACAACGAAAACUAAGAAAACAGUUGAUGACAAAGAAAUCUUCAGGCGGGAAUCUCUGUUUUCCACGCUCCCAAACUCGAUAGACAUGCCCUGGGUAGAAAAACAUCCGAGCGAAUCAGAGAAGCAAAAACUGGUUCCUUUAACGGAAUACGAAGAAGUCCAGCUAUUGAAGACCGUGGAAAACCUCAUACCUAGAGUCAAAGACCCGAGCAAAAAGGCUGAAUUGUAUAGACUCAAGGCAAAAUUGUCAUUACGGAGACUGAAACGACACCAGCACAAACCAGUCUUCGAUUUGGACAAGACGGUGAAGGUUUUGGGCGGAUAUGUGACGGAGGACCACUCAGUCGCUAUGAACGCAGAGUGUAUACUGGACAGAUUCCAACGAUCGUACCUCAUAGACAACCUGUGCGGCACAAUAGCUAGUACUAACUACGGCACGAUGUUGUUGUCUCACAUAGAGCCGACGAGCUUCAGGUCUCCUUACUCCGGGGCCAUCCUGAAGCCCUUCAUCAGACGGGACGCCACGUCCAGACCUACUUGGCUGAAGGUUACCGAGGAACUACUCAUGAAGACGCAUAGACACGUCCCGGAGUACCGGCCCCCUCCCCGCCCCGUCCUCAGCUACUCGUACGUCCGUCCACAACACAUAGCGGCCGUCAACAGUCUGUGCGCACAGUUCUUCUGGCCCGGAAUAGACUUGACGGAGUCGCUCCAGUACCCUGAGUUCAGCUGCGUGGUGUCGUUCGGGCGGCUGGUGGUGGCGUGCGCGUUCCUGGUGCCCGACGUGAGACACAACGAGGCCUACAUCAGCUUCAUCCUCACCCGGCCCGAGUGGAGGAACGCGGGCAUCGCUACCUUCAUGAUGUACCAUCUGCUGCAGACUUGCACCGAUAAAGAUGUAACUCUGCAUGUGUCUCCCACAAACCCCGCUGUGUUCCUUUACCAAAAAUUUGGGUUUAAAACAACCAGUGAUAAUUAA